UCUAUGUCCGCAUGUGAAACUAAUGGACCUGCUACAGUUGACAACAUGAGGAAUUAAGUUUCGCUCUCUGGUGGACUGACAAGAUCCACCUUUUCACUAUCAGCAGCACGCCUGCCUUCCAUUGAGUGUUUCAGGUUCUUUCACUUCCAUCAUGUUGUUUCAUGUCCUGCUCCUCCUUCAUGCGUCAGGAGGAGCGUCUUCCUCCAUCUCGUGUUAUGAUGAUCAGGGGAAACCUGUAGACUGGUUUUACUUGUACAAACUCCCACACCUGCAUCAUGAGCCUGUGCAGGAGGGGCUGAAGUAUCUUUUCAUGGAUGGAGAGAGUGAGGGAUGGAUGGAUGGGAAGACUUUAGUUAAUGACAGUCAAAGUGCUGUUGGUAGAACAGUAGGGCCUUUAUAUGAGGGCGGUGAUGUUGGAUACAUCUUAUAUAAUGACCAGCCACCACAACAGACACAUUUUGGAGGUGCAACCAGGUCUUGUGGCCACACCAAAGGAGUUGUUGUCUUCGACAAACAGCAGGGCUUCUGGUUGGUCCACAGCACGCCUCAUUUCCCCCCUCCUAAAUCACAGGGACAGUUUUCAUACCCCAGUUCUGGCAUAAGUAAUGGACAGAACUUUAUCUGUGUCACAUAUCCUUUCGAGCGCUUUCAGACCAUAGGUGAGCAGUUGAAAAUCAAUCAGCCUCACAUAUAUGACUGCAGCAUCCCUGCUUCUUUGGCCGCUGCUGUACCUGCUAUGGCUCAGCUCUGUAAACACACGCUGGGCAGAUGGGACAACACUUCCUCCUCGCCAUCCAAUCGCAGUGUCCCACUCCUCUCACUGGCUGGGACAGAGUUCAUUAACUUUGCAAAAGGUGCAUCAUUUGCCAAUGAUCUGUAUCACUCCUGGGUGGCACCUACACUUCAGUCCGACCUGCUGGUUCAGUUCUGGCGUCGCUCCACGGGCAUCCUUCCCUCAGACUGCUCUCCAAGCUGGAAAGUCCUCAACAUAGAUCUCAUUUCCCCAGGCCAGAGAGUUACGUUUAAGGCUACAGGGGACCAUUCGAAGUGGGCCGUCAGUAUGGGUAGCAGUGCUGGAAGUGGGACGUCUAGCGGCUGGGUCUGCGUAGGAGAUAUUAACCGUGACGAGGCGGAGGAAAGGAGAGGCGGAGGUACAGUGUGCCGUCAGGAUGCUGCGGUGUGGAAGGCCUAUCGAUCGGCAGCCCUGCAGUGUGAGACCUGUGGUGGAGAAGUGCAGACGUGUGAUAAAGCCGCACGGUAUCGCUGAAGCGGGACACAGAAUAAAGAAUUCAAAAUCAGGGUCAUGCAGAACGGCAGCCAGUGUAGGUGUCAAACAGGUAUGAUUAUGAGGUCAAACACUUUAUAUAUAUAUAUAGCAAUUUUAGGGCAAUAAUAAGGUAGUUGAUUUAAAUGCAAAUGCAACAGGAGUGUACAUUUAUGAUUGCAAUCUUAAAUUCAUCUCAUGUAUAAUAACUUUGGCAAAACUGGCUAUAAAUUUGAUUUUAAUACGGUACAGCUUUGUUUUUUUAAAUCUGUAUAUAUGAAUAUUUGCUUGUGCUAUGAUCACAUUUUUUUUUUAAAUAAGUGUUAGAAGGUGAGAGUGUAAUUUCUGCAGGAUUAAACUAUAAGGCAAAACAAUGUCUAUUUUGAAUCAAAUUUUAAACUGUUGUUUAAACAAAUGGGUAGCCAAACCUCAAACUUGAGACAGUGUUGCAAUUAGGUGUCUUGAGUGGCACCGGAACUCCACACAUUAUCUCGAACCUCAAGAAGCCAGAAGUGCAUUAUGGGAAUUAGGCUGGGAUGUGUAUAGUAAAGAUGUGUUUAAUCCUUCAGCUUUUGUUGCUGUAUUACAUUGAGGAAAAUAAAAGCACUUCAUGUGUCUGUAA